AUGUCUUGGCUCCUUAACUCUCUAUCUCCAUCUAUUGCACAAAGUGUCAUCUAUUUUGAAAGUGCUGCUGCUAUUUGGACUGAUCUUAAAGAUCGCUUUUCUCAGAGUGAUCUUCUCCGUAUUGUAGAACUCCAAGAAGAAAUAUAUGGCAUAAAGCAAGGUUCCCGUCCUGUAUCUAAAUACUACACAUCUCUCAAAUCUCUCUGGGAGGAGCUUGAUAAUUAUCGCCCCUUCCCAGAUUGCCAGUGUUCUUCCAAGACAUAUCAUCAACAGAACUUUAUUAUCCGGUUUCUCAAAGGAUUGGAGGACCGCUUUUCUAUUGUUCGUUCCCAAAUCCUUCUUAUGGACCCUUUGCCGCCAAUAUCCUGUGUUUUCUCUAUGGUUGUGCAACAGGAGCGUCAACACUUGCUUCCCAAUGGAGAGGAAGAACCAAAUGCCUUCAUUAACACCAGAUUCACCUUUUCCGGCAAGGGACGCAGUGGUAAAGUUCCUCCCGGAGGUCCUACAAGAAACAACACACGCAAUGCUUCCAACAAGAAGUGCGUGUACUGCCACCGUACCGGCCACAAUGUUGAAACGUGCUAUGGCAAGCAUGGGUACCCACCGUGUCAUCCACGAUAUCUGGGUCGUCCUCAUUUUAAUCCAUGUGAUGGCACCGCCUCUGCCAACAGUGCGGCUCAAGAGACCAGUAACAAUGAAUACAACACUUCUGUUGUUGAAGGAUCCUCCUCCAAUGGUCCAGAUUUCACUUGA